AUGCAUUUUUUGCAUGGGGAUUUAGAUGAAGAAGUGUACAUGUCUAUGCCUCCUCGUUUUGGCACUAAAGGGGAGACAAAGGUUUGUAGGUUAACUAAAUCUUUGUAUGGAUUGAAGCAGACAUCUAGGCAAUGGUUUUCAAAAUUUUCCACUGCAUUGAUUGAGCUUGAUUUUACACAAUCCAAGGCAGAUUACUCAUUGUUCACUCGACUCAAAGGAUCUUCUUUUAUUACUUUGUUGGUUUAUGUUGAUGAUGUAGCUAUUGCAAUCAAUGAUCCACAGGCAGUGUCCUUUUUUAUUACUCUUUUGAAUGACAGAUUUAAGUUGAAGGAUUUAGGGUCAUUGAAGUACUUUCUUGGUCUUGAGAUUACUAGGUCUACAGAAGGACUUUCUGUUUGCCAACAAAAGUAUGCUCUUGAAAUCCUAGAGGAUUCAGGUUUAUUGGCUGCUAAACCUGUUAAAUUUCCUCUAGAACAAAAUUUGAAACUCUCAAAGGAUGAAGGUGAUCUCAUUUCUGAUUCCACAAGCUAUAGAAGGUUAGUUGGCAUGCUACUUUAUUUGACAAUUACAAGACCAGACUUAGCUUUCUCAGUUCAAAUAUUUAGUCAGUUUAUGGACAAGCUACGACAACCUCAUCUAAAUGCUGCUCAUCAAGUCCUGAGAUACUUGAAAAAUUCUCUUGCUGAAGGCUUUACUUUCUCUACCAAAUCAGAUUUUCACCUUAAAGGCUUUUCCGGAUAUUGGGUAGGUUGUUUAGAUACUAGAAGGUAUAUCAUUGGUUUUUGUGUGUUUAUUAGUGAUUCACUUGUGUCUUGGAAAUCAAAGAAACAGCACACAGUGUCAAGAUCAUCUACGGAGACAGAAUAUCGAGCUCUUGCUUCCACAUGUUGUGAGUUGAUGUGGCUGACUUCUCUUCUCAAGGAUUUCAGAAUUCCUCAUCCACAGGCUGCUCUUUUGUUUUGUGACAGUCAAUCAGCCCUUCAUAUUGCUGCAAAUCCAGUUUAUCAUGAAAGGACCAAGCACAUCAAAAUUGACUGCCAUCUAGUUCGUUCUACUUGCUUCUUCUUUCUUCUUCUUUCUUCGGUUCUUCUUCCACAUUUCAUAUGCUUUGUUUUUCUUUGA